CUCUCUCACUCUCUCACUCUCUCACUCUCACUCUCAUUUUCUCGCGCGCACGCGCUUUCUGUCAGGCGAACUGUCAAGCCCUGCGGGCUUCGCGCACGGAUCAGCUGAUUUCAGAACGCAUUUGCAUUAAUUCGCACGGGCGAGGUCUGUAGAGGAGAGGCUAGGAAAACAUCGUGUCGCAUAUAUAACCUAAACUGUCCGCCCAGAUGAUAGAAGGGCUUUUAUUUACGUCCACCCGUCGCUAAUUUGAUUUACUGUUCAUCUAACGUAAUAAACAAUUAGAAGCAUCACGUAAAUUUGGCUUAUGCAACUUCGCUUGAAAAGUGCGAACAAAGGCGAAGAUGGUAGAUAUAAAGAGCAAUCCUCCAAUCGUUGGGGAAAAUGACUCGCAUUACGAGUCGAGGAUACGCGCGAACAGUUUUGGCACGGGAACGUCGACACCAUCGUCCUCCUCCGACUACAUGACGGGUGAAGCGGAUGACAGCUCUGACAGCAAGGGGACUGUACCAUUCAGCUUGAAAUCAGUGGAGACUAUGCUAUCUCUGUCUAAGGAUGCUUCUCAAGAGGAUCUUCAAGAGAUGGUACGCAAGUGUAAGCUGAUGGUGCUGGAGAGUGCCGAGUGUUCGGACGAGCGUAAAUGGCUCGUUCGACGGCUGAUCGAGUUGCGUUUGCGUGUGCAGGAGUUGCGUGAAACCUCGGACGAGAACCUCUUCGAGACGCGCGUAAUUCUCGGUCAUCAUUUUGUACCGCAGAAAUACUAUAUCACCACGUCCAGUCCAGUUUAUUGUGACCAUUGCAGCGGUGCAAUUUGGACGAUGCUGCAAUCGUGGUACAUGUGCAAUGAUUGCAAGUUUAGUUGCCAUUGGAAGUGUCUGAACAACGUGUGUCGCGUGUGUGUGCAUGUGGUCGUCAGCGAGGCCGGUGGAUAUACGCAUACGAAGGAUAUUUGUCCAGAGCAAGGCCUCUCGAAGCAGGGUUACCGUUGCGCUGAAUGUAAAGUGCGAAUAACAUUCACUUUCUCAAAAGGAUUAUCGCUAUCUUGCUUUGGCAGUACCUUUAAGAAUACAGUAAUGCUUUUAGAAUCGGCAUGGGUGGAGCCCCGACUUUGUGACUACAGUGGUCUGUAUUACUGUCAGAGAUGUCACUGGAAUACAGCCAUGGUCAUUCCCGCGAGAGUGAUCAGAAAUUGGGACAUGGAGCCACGUUUGGUGUCUCGCGCCGCAGCACAGCUUUUGAUGCUUCUGGAAGAUCGUUCCGUAUUACCACUGGAAGAAUUAAACCCGAAACUCUUCACCCUGGUUCCGGAUUUAUCACUUGUAAAACGAAUGCGGGAGGAAAUGCAGAUGAUGAAGAGGUACUUAGUUCUGUGCGUAGAGGCCUGCACUCAAGGUUUACCAUGGAAGAUUGGAUUACGCACACACAUGAUUGAGAAUUCAGGUAAUUAUUCCAUUAAGGAUCUAAUUGAUCUUCAGAGCGGCAUUCUCCUGGAUGAGCUUCGCGCCGCGUAUGACACCAUGCACGCGCACAUCACACAGCAAUGUGAGCUCUGCAAGGCAAGGGGACACCUGUGCGAGAUAUGCGGCAAUGACGAAGUAAUCUAUCCAUGGGACGCGAGCUCGGUUAUCUGCCACCAAUGCUCGGCGGUACAUCACCGUGUUUGUUGGGCCAAGCGUAAUCAUUGUUGUCCUCGGUGUGCACGUCUACAAAAACGUCGUGCUCUAGAAGGACAAACUGCGCAGGAUGACGAGAACUGUGAUACGGACGACACCGCGAAGGACUCUUAAAUGAGAGUGGUAGUGCAAACGCGUGUGUGAUAAAAUAUUAUUCGUACAAUUGUGUAACUAUCUAUACUUUGUACCUGUUAUUUUUUUAAGCGGAUCUAAUCGAAUGCGGGUUGUAAUUUUUAUAGACGGUCUCGCGUUGCGCGUGUACUUCGCGCGAGACAUUGUACCAUGUCUCUUGAUAUCAUCGUACGUUAAAGGUUGUACAGCGUUUUUUAAAUUGGGAAUCCACAAUUCAAUUGGGUGAUUCUUUUAACGUGCAGUCUAAUCAAUGAAAUUGUACAGGUGAUAUAUAUCACAUUUUUUCAACUAAUUGUGUAAACUUGUUAUGUAAAGUACCACAAACGUAAUAUCGCAUAAGCAAUAUACUCAUUAUUCAUUAAAUGCUACGAGUUAGCAAUUAAUUGUGAUGUUAGACAUUUUUAUGUUUUGGAAAAACGUUUUAUUAACAAUAAAUCAUCUGUCGCGUUCUACAAGCAUAUAACGCGCACCAGUCCAUGUAGAAGUUACAGAACUAUAAUGGAUAAACACAAAAGGAAGGCAAGCGAAAAUUGCUUAUUAAUGCACAUUGCAGUUAUUUACUCAUAUUUUUGUCACUUGUCAUUCGAUGAAUGUCAGUUAUGAAUUUUUAUCUCUUUCUACUUAGUUGUGAAUAUGUUCCUGACGGAAUUUUCCUUGGGUCUACAAUGUUAACACUUGCACAAAUGUUAAAUGAUCAACUUUGUAUCAUUCUGUUUAUAUUGAGCUGUUCGAUUCUGCGUUUCCGCUUGCGCUCUGGUAGAAUAAGGUACCAGCGGUAUUAUUUAAGCGAAAGUGUCAAGUAACUGAGAUCAGUUCACGUCAUCAGUCGGUUGUAGCCAGGUAAGCCAAUGCAUCGCACCGUGAAAUUUUUCCGCAGAUAAACGAGUCGCGAACACAUCCUCGGAAAGGAUUGCUUGAAACUUGCUAAUCUAUUGAUCUGCUAUUUAUUAUGUUUGUACCAAUUUGAAUAAAUUUCAUUGUGUUAUCUUUUU